AUGGCUAAAACAUCAGAAGUUUCUUGUUUUAGUUGGUUCAUCUCUCUCAUGGAUUCAACUGAUCUCUUUUCUUAUACAGAUUCAAAAGAAAAUAUCAAGAAACUCAAAGUGAAAGUUAAUGAAGUGCUAUAUUUAACGUGUGAAGAACGUAUUGUGGUUGAUUUUGAUUACCUGGAUGAACCAUUUGGAGAUGCACGCGGCCUUCUUUCAGGAUUUUGUGGAAUUUUAGCAUGUGACUGCACUUUAUUUCCUAUCCACUGUGAGAAAUGGUCGAGUUUACCUAUCUCAUACUUCAACCACGUCUUCGAUCAAAUUAUAAAGCCCAAGUUCUUCUUUAAGACAACCGAGUCAGUUGCACGACAACAUGUUUAUAAAUCUAUUGGAAAGAAAUGGGCUGCAAAUAGGCUUAACUUGUGGAGUGCAUCUGAAGACCCACUUAAAAGUAGAGCUGAGAUUAUUGAUAAUGUGCCAGAUGGAAUUCCGCCAGAUCAAUGGAUUUCUUUUGUUGAUUACCAAUAUAAAGAUUCAACAAAGGAAAUGCGUAAAAGAAAUGCUGAAAAUAGAAAAAAACAGAAGAUUCCACACACAGGUGGUUCCAAAGCCAACGCUACGAGAAGGGCUGAAAUGAUAGCUCAGACUGGACAAAUGCCUGGACGAGCUCAAAUAUACAUUGCUACUCAUAAGAAUGAAGAUGGAGUAUAUGUUAAUGAAGAAGUAAAAGAAAUAUGCGAAAAAAUUGAGUUAGCUUUGAGUGAAAGCACCAUAGACGAGUCUCAAAUUUCGCCAAAUGAUGCCGUUGGUAAGGUGCUAGGAAAAGAGCACUCUGGAAGGGUAAGGUGUUUGGGAUUAGGCCCUGUCCCUAGUAAAGUUUUUAAACAAGUAAGACCUCGUUUUGGUGGUACAAGUUCUUCAAGUAUUGAAGGUUCAUGUUCGUCCCAAUGUCAACAUAACCAUAAUCAAAUGAUGAAUGCUCACAAUCAAAUGAUGAAUGCUUUCAAGGCAUAUAUGAUAAUGAAAGAAGGGACUUUACCAGAACAGUUUGUGGGGUUCUUUGAUUCUCCUUCGACGAUUUCUCCUACAACACCAAGUGAUGCGGACAGUGGACCCUUUUUGCCAAUGGACGCAAGAAGAUCAUGUGGUGAUAGUAAUUCUAGCGGCAACCAUUGA